AUGGACAAUCUCAAGACGGCCUCUGGCUUUCUGCCUGGCCUCUUCGGUUCUCGUAGCAAGGCUCCAAGGGGCAACUCCAGUGCCAGUAACAGCCAGAGCGAGAAAACGCUGAGCCCCAAACCAUCUCCCAUCUUCAAGAGACUCCCCGACAGCGUUCGAAAUCACUUUAUUGCCAUGGCGGGUGAAUUUGUCGGCACCUUUCUUUUUCUCUUCUUUGCUUUUAGCGGAACCCAGGUCGCCAAUACUCCUGCCACAAGUGCUGGUGAUGAUAGCGAAGAUGUGUCAUCAGGACCCAACCCAUCCCAGCUCCUCUAUAUCAGCCUUGUCUUUGGCUUUUCUCUCGCCGUAAAUGCUUGGAUCUUCUUCAGAAUAUCCGGCGGCCUCUUCAAUCCUGCGGUCACAUUAGGGCUGUGCCUGAUUGGUGCUGUUCCCUUCGCUCGCGGUGGCCUUGUCGUCAUUGCUCAGAUGCUCGGAGCCAUGGUGGCGGCUGCGGUAGUCAAGGGGCUCUUUCCCGGCCCUCUGUCCUUUCUCACCACUCAACUGGUCUUCACUAUAUUCAUGCUUGCUGCAGAAAAACACAAGGGAACAUUCUUGGCUCCUGUGGGAAUCGGGUUGUCUCUCUUCAUUGCAGAGCUGAGUGGCGUUUACUACACUGGCGGCUCUCUCAAUCCUGCUCGCAGCUUUGGCCCAUGCGUCGCCAACGCCUCUUUUCCACCCGAACACUGGAUCUAUUGGCUGGGCCCGAUACUUGGUGCCCUUCUGGCAUCCGGUUUCUUCUGGUUCAUCAAAAGCUGCGAAUACCAGAGUGCCAACCCUGGCCAGGACUUUGACGAUCUUGAAGCCUCUGCUUUUAACCCGGAUGAAGAUCUCAGUCGUCCUGUUGUGAGUCCCACCGUCAAUGUGGAUUCUAGCCGCGUCAAUUCGCGUGAUGGUCCAACAAGAAGCUCUGGAGACGAUCGCAUGGCGUCUUUGAUGGACAGGGUGGAGAGUGGACGAACCCCUGAUUAUCUUGGCGCGGCGAUGAACAACUCGUCAUACACUAUUAGCAAUAAUUAUCAACUCGAUCACAACCAAAAUACUCAGCAGACACAGCAAGCCACCAGUUAUACCAUAGGUGGCCCUCCUAGCCAAAAUGUCCACCAACAUACCACGGUUGGUCGCUAA